GGUCUGUCGUCCAGCGACGUUCAUUUUUCGGUCUUUCGUUUGUUUCGUUGGUUUUACGGAGUUUUUCUUCCAGAACGGAAGUCCCGAUGACACACAGGAAACGGUCUUUCGGCUCUCAGAGCUUCUCUCAGAACAGAAGACAGUCCAGCUCCUCGGGGACUCAGGAGGACCAUGAGGACUCCAUGUUCACCCAGCCCAGCACGUCACAGGUCCUGAGAGGCCUGGAGAACCUGACCCCUGCACAGGUGGACCAGAAGACCUCGGAGGUGAUCCAGUACCUCCUGGUAAAGGACCAAAAGAAGAUUCCAGUUCGACGAGCAGACCUGGUGAAACACGUGGUGAAGGACUACAGAAACGUCUAUCCCGAGAUCAUGAAGAGAGCCGCUCGGACCUUUGAGCAGGUGUUUGGUCUGAAACUGGUGGAAAUAGACUCCAAACAUCACACCUAUAUACUGAUCAACAACCUGGAAGCUGCAGACAGACCUCCUCCAGUCCAAUGCCCUGCAAAUCCCAAACUCGGUCUGCUCUUCGUGAUUCUGGGUGUUACCUUCAUGAAAGGAGGGGUUGUCCGAGAAAAUGUUAUCUGGAACACUCUGAAGAAGCUGCGUGUUGACUCGGGAGAGAAGCACGAAGAGUUCGGUGACGUGAAGAGACUCGUCACCGAGGAGUUUGUGCGUCAAAGGUAUCUGGAGUACGUGCGCAUUCCUCACACGGAGCCCAUGGAGCACGAGUUUCGCUGGGGGCAGCGGGCGGACAUGGAGGUGUCCAAAGCCAAGAUUCUGGAGUUCAUGGGUCAGCUUCACGAGCAGGACCCUCAGAGCUGGACGCAGCAGUUCAGAGAGGCUCAGAGCAGCAGCAGCAGCCAGAGAUGACUGCGGCAGCCAGAGAUGACUGUGGCAGCCAGAGAUGACUGUGGCAGCGGCAGCCAGAGAUGACUGUGGCAGCCAGAGAUGACUGCGGCAGCAGCGGCAGCCAGAGAUGACUGUGGCAGCCAGAGAUGACUGCGGCAGCAGCGGCAGCCAGAGAUGACUGCAGCAGCCAGAGAUGACUGCGGCCUCUGUGCUUGUAUUUAUUUGAAGGGGCCAGUCUGUCUGUAUCGUUGGUGUUUUGACUGCCAGGUUUUUCUGUUUCUUUUUAAAUGUUUUUUUAUUGCCUCGAAUUUAAGAGAAAAAUAAAGCAGUUGACCACG